AUGAAAGAGAAGACGUUUUUCCCAGCGGUGGAGCAGGACUGGGACGACACCAGCGAUGAAUCCAUUCUAUCUCCUGAGAGGCAGGAUUCCAGUCCAAUCUCAGACCUAGACUCGCCAGGCCCGUCGUCGCUUUAUGAGAGAUCACAGAGAUCCAGUAGCGUCAACCCUGAGGCAGAAGCAAGGUGGAAGUGGCUGAGGAAUAUCAGUCGGUCCCCGGUGAGCUGCUGGACCGGUGUGCUGCUGGACUCCAGCAGCUGGAAGACCAGCAGUGAGGAGGAAACCAGGAAUAUGAUGAGGAGGCAGGCGAGUCUGUGCAGAAAAUACUUGGAGAAUGAAGCAAGGAGGAAGGAGCUGGUGACGAAGAAGAACACUCCGUAUGUCUCCUGUGUGAAGCAGGACUCCAACAGCAGCAGUGAGCAAACCAGUCCUACCCCAGAGAAGCAGGAGUCCAGUCCGAUUCCCGAGAAGCAGGAGUCCAGUCCGAUUCCCGAGAAGCAGGAGUCCAGUCCGAUUCCCGAGAAGCAGGAGUCCAGUCCGAUUCCCGAGAAGCAGGAGUCCAGUCCGAUUCCAGAGAAGCAGGAGUCCAGUCCGAUUCCCGAGAAGCAGGAGUCCGGUCCGAUUCCCGAGAAGCAGGAGUCCAGUCCGGCCCCGAUCCCAGACCUAGACUGUCUCCCAGGCUCGUCAUCGCUCCCACUCUGUGACCCUGAGAAAUUACAGAGGAUAAUGAGGCGGUGGAAGAAGGGAGGGAUGAGGCGGAAGACUCCUGCUGAUCGACCUGUGGAUCAGGAGUCCAGCAACAAAUCCAGACUGAGGAGGGUCCAGACCAAGGCAAAAGCAAGGAGGAAGAAGCUGGUGAAGGAGACUCCGCAUGUGCCGUGUGUGAAGCAGGACUCCAACAGCAAUACAAGCGGCUGUGAGCAGGAAACAAGUCCGAUUCCAGAGAAGCAGGAGUCCAGUCCGAUUCCAGAGAAGCAGGAGUCCAGUCCGAUUCCCGAGAAGCAGGAGUCCGGUCCGGCCCCGAUCCCAGACCUAGACUGUCUCCCAGGCUCGUCAUCGCUCCCACUCUGUGACCCUGAGAAAUUACAGAGGAUAAUGAGGCGGUGGAAGAAGGGAGGGAUGAGGCGGAGGACUCCUGCUGAUCGACCUGUGGAUCAGGAGUCCAGCAACAAAUCCAGACUGAGGAGGGUCCAGACCAAGGCAAAAGCAAGGAGGAAGAAGCUGGUGAAGAAGACUCCGCAGGUGCCGUGUGUGAAGCAGGACUCCAACAGCAAUACAAGCGGCUGUGAGCAGGAAACAAGUCCGAUUCCCGAGAAGCAGGAGUCCAGUCCGAUUCCAGAGAAGCAGGAGUCCAGUCCGAUUCCCGAGAAGCAGGAGUCCAGUCCGAUUCCCGAGAAGCAGGAGUCCAGUCCGGCCCCGAUCCCAGACCUAGACUGUCUCCCAGGCUCGUCAUCGCUCCCACUCUUUGACCCUGAGAAAUUACAGAGGAUAAUGAGGCGGUGGAAGAAGGGAGGGAUGAGGCGGAAGACUCCUGCUGAUCGACCUGUGGAUCAGGAGUCCAGCAACAAAUCCAGACUGAGGAGGGUCCAGACCAAGGCAAAAGCAAGGAGGAAGAAGCUGGUGAAGGAGACUCCGCAUGUGCCGUGUGUGAAGCAGGACUCCAACAGCAAUACAAGCGGCUGUGAGCAGGAAACAAGUCCGAUUCCAGAGAAGCAGGAGUCCAGUCCGAUUCCAGAGAAGCAGGAGUCCAGUCCGAUUCCCGAGAAGCAGGCGUCCAGUCCGAUUCCCGAGAAGCAGGAGUCCAGUCCGGCCCCGAUCCCAGACCUAGACUGUCUCCCAGGCUCGUCAUCGCUCCCACUCUGUGACCCUGAGAAAUUACAGAGGAUAAUGAGGCGGUGGAAGAAGGGAGGGAUGAGGCGGAGGACUCCUGCUGAUCGACCUGUGGAUCAGGAGUCCAGCAACAAAUCCAGAGUGAGGAGGGUCCAGACCAAGGCAAAAGCAAGGAGGAAGAAGCUGGUGAAGAAGACUCCGCAGGUGCCGUGUGUGAAGCAGGACUCCAACAGCAAUACAAGCGGCUGUGAGCAGGAAACAAGUCCGAUUCCAGAGAAGCAGGAGUCCAGUCCGAUUCUCGAGAAGCAGGAGUCCAGUCCGAUUCCAGAGAAGCAGGAGUCCGGUCCGGUUUCUACCCUGGUUCCGACCCCAGACCUAGACUGUCUCCCAGGCUCGUCAUCGCUCCCAGUCUGUGAACCUGAGAAAUCACAGAGGAUGAUGAGGCGGGGGAAGAGGCGGGGGACUCCUUAUGAUCGACCUGUGGAUCAGGAGUCCAGCUCCAAAUCCAGAAAGAGGAGUGUCGAGACCAAGGCGAAAGCGAGGUUCCCGUCACCAACCAGUGUCCGUGAAGCAGCAUCCUGUAGACAGAGAGCAGGCAGCGGCCCAGAGGGAGGACCAGAGCCCGGCCCAGAGGGAGGACCAGAGCCCGGACCAGAGGACGGACCAGAGGACGGACCAGAGGACGGACCAGAGGACGGACCAGAGGACGAACCAGAGGACGAACCAGAGGACGAACCAGAGGACGAACCAGAGGACGAACCAGAGGACGAACCAGAGGACGGACCAGAGGAAGGACCAGACCCCAGACAAGAUCCCUGGCAAGACGACAGAUCUAAGCAAGGGCGUAAAACACAAAGAGAUGACAGACCUGUGGAUCAAGAGCACAACCACAGAAAAGAGGAGCAUUGA